CAUCCACCAGAUUUGAAAUUCAGCAUUUGAACCAACUCUAUUUUUAGUGUUAGGUCUAGGGUUUUUCAUGAUGCUGGAGCUUCUCCUUUCUCUGUUUUUUGCUGGACGAUGAGACUCAACAGCCAGACGACAAUGCUGCUAUUGGUGCUUUGCUGCUUAUUUUUUGGUGCCCUUGCUUCCAAGUUUGAUUCAGAACAUUCGCUCUCUAUUUCACGCUACUACAAUGGCACAAUUAUUUCCUCCAAUUCUACAAAUUUCACUGCUUCUCAUUCGCUUAUUAGAGGUGUUGCGCUAGGUGGAUGGCUUCUUUUGGAACCAUAUAUUACUCCUUCGCUAUUUGAUGAAGAAAUAUUCGAGCUGAUUGGCAACGGAUCGAUUCCUGUUGACGAGUAUAAUUACUGCUUAACACUAGGCAAAGAAAAUGCAACUGAAAGACUUAUUGCACAUUGGGAUACCUUUUACAAUGAAUCAGAUUUUGAAGACAUUGAAAACUUGGGACUCAAUUUAGUUAGAAUUCCACUUGGUUAUUGGGCUUUCAAAGUUUUAGACGACGACCCUUAUGUUACUGGCUAUCAAGAGGCCUAUUUGGAUAAGGCGAUAGAAUGGGCAGAAAAAUACAAUUUGAAAGUCUGGAUCGAUUUGCAUGGUGCUCCUGGUGGUCAAAAUGGGUUUGAUAAUUCAGGAUUAAGAGACCACAUUGAUUGGCUAAGUUCAGAAAAAAACAUCAAUUUAACUUUACAAGUUCUUGACUAUAUUUUUAGCAAAUAUUCAGGCUCAAAAUACUCUGAAACUGUAAUUGGAAUCGAGAUUUUAAAUGAACCCAUGGGUUCUAAAUUAAAUCUAAACACUAUAAGAAACUUUUAUUAUGCUGCAUAUAAUAUUAAAACCAAAUACAAUUAUCAAAAUCAUUUUGUGAUUCAUGACGCCUUUAAGGGUAUACGUUAUUGGGAUGAUUAUUUUCCAAGAAACAUUACUCAAAAUGUUAUCAUUGAUAGGCAUUUAUAUCAUGUUUUUGGAAGUUCACUAAACUAUGAUGUUGAAGAACAUAUAGCUUCUGUCAAUCAAUCUACUUACUACAUCGUCGAGGAGUCCAAAAACACAAUUGGUGUUGUAGGUGAGUGGUCUGCAGCUUUAACUGAUUGUGCAUUCUGGCUCAAUGGUGUUGAUAGAGGCGCAAGAUACGAAGGUAAAUAUGAUAACUUUGAGAAAAUUGGCUCUUGUAAAAAUAUUGAUAACAUCGAUAAAUGGAGCGAUCAAAAGAAAAUGGAUACCAGACGACUUGUUGAAGCUCAAUUAGAUUAUUAUGAAAAGACUGGUGGUUGGAUAUUUUGGUGUUAUAAGACUGAAGAGACUAUCGAAUGGGAUAUGUCGAGAUUGGUCGAAUAUGAAUUGUUUCCUCAACCAUUGACUCACAGAUUAUAUAAUUCUACUUUCAAUUAUACCAGUAAUAGUAGUGCAUUUUCUCUUCAUGGAAGUCUAAAUGAAAAGAAAUACUGGGGUUUCACUUUAUUAUUACUUUAUUCCAUUGUUAUUUUAUUUUAACACAACUAGCAUAGAUCGUGUAUUACAUUUUUAUCUUCUACAUUUC